AUGGCGAGAACUAUAACAUUUGACAUUCCUUCUCAGUACAAGCUCGUAGAUCUGAUAGGCGAGGGAGCGUAUGGAACAGUAUGUUCGGCAAUUCACAAACCUUCUGGUAUAAAGGUCGCUAUCAAGAAAAUACAGCCCUUCAGCAAAAAGUUGUUUGUUACCAGAACCAUACGUGAAAUCAAACUCUUACGGUACUUUCACGAACACGAGAACAUAAUAAGUAUUUUGGAUAAGGUAAGACCCGUAUCUAUAGACAAGCUGAACGCAGUUUACUUGGUCGAAGAGCUGAUGGAAACUGACCUACAAAAAGUAAUCAACAACCAAAAUAAUGGUUCCUCUACUUUAAGCGAUGAUCACAUCCAAUACUUCACCUACCAAAUUUUAAGGGCCCUAAAGUCUAUUCAUAGUGCACAAGUUAUCCAUAGAGACAUAAAACCAUCCAACCUAUUACUAAAUUCUAAUUGUGACCUGAAAGUUUGUGAUUUUGGGCUAGCUAGAUGCUUAGCUAGCAGUAGUGAUUCAAGAGAAACCUUGGUUGGCUUUAUGACAGAGUACGUAGCGACGCGAUGGUACAGAGCACCAGAAAUCAUGUUGACAUUUCAAGAGUAUACAACUGCUAUGGAUAUCUGGUCAUGUGGGUGCAUUUUGGCAGAAAUGGUUUCUGGAAAACCUUUAUUCCCAGGAAGGGACUAUCAUCAUCAAUUGUGGCUAAUUCUGGAAGUCCUAGGUACUCCGACCUUCGAAGACUUCAAUCAAAUCAAAUCCAAGAGAGCUAAAGAAUAUAUAGCAAAUCUACCGAUGAGGCCACCUUUGUCGUGGGACACUGUGUGGUCGAGAACAGAUUUAAAUCCGGAUAUGAUAGAUUUGCUGAACAAAAUGCUGCAAUUCAACCCUGACAAGAGAAUAAGCGCGGAGGAAGCUCUGAGACAUCCAUACUUGGCAAUGUAUCAUGAUCCAAGCGACGAACCGGAAUAUCCUCCACUAAACUUGGACGACGAAUUCUGGAAAUUGGAUAAUAAAAUAAUGCGUCCAGAGGAGGAGGAAGAAGUGCCCAUAGAGGUGCUUAAAGACAUGCUUUACGAUGAGCUGAUGAAGACUAUGGAGUAG